CGAAAUUUCACGUAAUGGAGGGUGGGUGAUUUGAAAACAAAAUAGACGCUAGCCUACUAGCUUAAUGAAAAAAGCAUUGAUAUUUUGAUAUGCUCAGACACAGUAUUAUCAUUUAGGAAUAGUGAUAAUAGGUCGAACAGUAUAAAAAUGGCUGCCAAACAACCAUCGGCAGCAGGUGGCAAACAUUUUCCAUUAACAUCUCAAGUUUCUGCACCAUCCAACUAUCAAUCAUUACAAGUGGCAGCACAACCACAAGGCGUGGCUGGGGCACAGGGCACAUCAACUAUGUCACCAAAUAAAAUGGUGAAUGCAGCAACAUUUUGUAAAAGUGGACAAGAGAUCAUUUAUGAAUUGGUUCAGAAAGCAUCAGAUAUUUUUGGUCAAGGUUUAGGAAAGCAAGGAACCAUUCAAUUACCCAAUAACGUUAGUUAUACAGCACAGAAUCAUCAAGAAAGAAAACAGAAAUUAGAAGAGCAGCUUAAAACCCUGAGUUUAACCUUUAAAAAAUUACGAGCUAUUUAUGACAAAGUUGAAGAAACUUGUAGUGAGAUGGAAGAACCUACAUAUGAGCAACUGGUACCUAUUGUUGGAAGAGAUAUAGAGAGUUUUCCUGUUAAUUCUGAAGUCUAUCCAUAUGUAGCAGAUGAACACAGAGAGUUAGUAGAGCAAGUACGAGUAAAAAAUCAACAAUUAAAGGAGAUAAUAGAUCAGAUACGUUCUAUAAACUGGGAGAUUAACACUAUGAUAACUAUGAGAAAAAAUUGAUGAAAUAAACGUUUACUUGAACAUUUCACAGAAAAUGUGCUAAAACAACUCCCAGGACUAGUACUGUAAAGGAAUCUGGUGACAAUUAACAAGUUUACAAAAAACAGUUUCAUAAAAUGGUUAAUUCUGUGUGGUCAAGAUAUAAAUUAUUUUAGACAUGUUAUAUGAAAACGUACAUGUUGAGUUUAACUUUUUAUAUUGUGGAAUAUGUUAUUUAUAUUCAGAUAAUUAGUUGACCAGAAUGAAGCAGGCUUCUGUGUAAAGAAAAACAAAAGACAAUGGAAGUAAAGCUUCUAAAAAAAAUUACUGUGUACAUUAAGGAAUGUAUAUGUAACAUAAACAAAGUCAGUAUUGAUUUUGUCAAAUAAAAAAAUUUAACAAACAA